UAAAUGGCCCAGUAGUAUCUUCACUUCCCUUUCAAACUUCACAAGGUAUGCUUCCACUCUGCAUUGUUCUCGACAUUUUCAUCUUCCAGAUUCCUAUGGAACAGCAAACUGAACUCUCAAUAUUCAAUGGUUCUUCUAUCUUCUACCCAGAGCUCCAAAGUCUUUCUCACAUCCUUUCCAAUCAACAUGCUGAAUAAUUAUGGACAACAUGAAUGAAUAUCUGAUUAACUUUAAAGGAUAUAAUUUUGAGAAAGCUCUUGCAAACAUUGAGGAUUUAGAAAAGAUGGAAGAUUUUGAAAUUAGAGAUGAUGAUGUCUUCAUCAUCACGUACCCAAAAUCUGGUACCAUCUGGACUCAGCAGAUCCUCAGCUUGAUUUAUUAUGAGGGUCACCGGAACAACACUGAAAACAUAUCAACAAUAGAUAGAGCACCGUUCUUGGAGUACAAUAUUUAUAAUUUAGACUAUGCCAAAAUGUCAUCACCUCGCAUCUUCACUUCCCACCUUCCAUAUUACUUAGUUCCAAAAGGUCUCAAGGAAAAAAAGGCUAAAAUUCUUUAUAUUUACAGAAAUCCCAAAGAUGUUUUGAUCUCAUUUUUUCAUUUUUCAAAUUGGGUGGUUACCCUUGAAGCUACAGAUACCAUAGACCAUUAUCUGGAAAAAUUUCUAGAUGGAAAAGUUGUAGGGAGCCGUUGGUUUGAUCACAUUAGAGGCUGGUAUGAGCACAGACAUGACUUCAAUAUAAUGUUCCUGAGCUAUGAAGAUUUGAAAAAGGACCUCAGAAGCUCAGUGCUUAAAAUCUGCAGCUUUCUAAAAAAAGAACUGAGUGAAGAAGAUGUGGAUGCUGUUGUGAGACAAGCUACCUUUCAGAACAUGAAAUAUGACCCACUAGCAAAUUAUCAUUAUAUUGUAAAUAAUAAAGUUGGAGCAAGAAAAAAAGAUGGCUGUUUCCUACGCAAAGGUACCAUUGGAGACUGGAAAAACCAUUUGACUGUGGAGCAGAAUGAAAGAUUUGACAUGAUAUUCAAGAGUAAUAUGAAAAAUUUUCCCUUGAAGUUUAUCUGGGAUAUAAAUGAACAAUAGAAGUCUAAUGUCAGCAUAAAAUAAACACAAUUAAGAAAAAGAUUCAUUCAGAAGUAUACAUGCUUUAAUAUCAAUAUUAAUAUCUUCCAUAUUUUAAUCAUUAAAUACCAAGCUUUAUUAAGGAUCAAAAUGAAUAAACUAUAUAAAUGUUAAUUACAUUGAGAUUCAGAAAUGAUUUCAAAUUUCAAAAUUAAAAUAGUUUGGGUUCUAGUUAGCAAUUGUAUUGUGUACUAACAUCAUAAAUUAUGGUGCUUUCUGAUAUAGAAAAACAUCUACAAGGAGUAGUCUGCAAUACACAGUUUUUUUCUUAUCAUAUGCAAUACAAUUUUGGAUGAAGAAACACUAAACAACUUCUCAUUAUUACAAUAAAACUUUAACUUUCACUGAA